AUGAGUUUAAAACCAUUCACCUACCCAUUUCCAGAGACAAGGUUUCUUCAUGCAGGAUCCAAUGUGUAUAAGUUCAAAAUCAGAUAUGGCGACAGUAUCAGAGGAGAAGAAAUAGAGGAUAAGGAAGAUAUCAUCCAGGAGUUGGAGGAUUCUAUCCGUGUAGUCCUGGCAAACAUGGACAACCUGCAGCCCUUUGUUACACAACACUUUAUUGUAUUUCCCUAUAAAAGUAAGUGGGAGAGGGUUUCCCAUCUGAGAUUUAAACAUGGAGAAGUCAUCUUGACCCCCUGCCCAUUCGUUUUUACACUGUAUGUAGAGAUGAAAUGGUUUGCUGCACAUCUGCCUUCAGGGAAACCAACAGAUGAUAUUCCUCUUGAGUCGGUCCUAGCUGAGAAGGAAGCAGAAGAAGCCACAAUGAAGAAACGAAAACUCAUGGAAGAUCCCAGCUUCCCUAGCAGUCCAGGGCCACAUAGGGCCAAGAUACAGACUUCUAGUGAAGUUUCCAGCAGUAGGAAGCCCCUGAAGGAAACUAAGAGGAACAGGGAAGGAGAAGCUCAGCAGGAAUAUCAGGACAUCCCAGCUUCUAAUGUCACUGAUGUCCAGGAACAGGAUGCUAAGUUGGGGCAUAGCCUGCCACUGCAACGUAGCAACCUGCUAAAAGAGCCAGGAGCCAGGGGCUUCUUCGGGUUUCUAAGCACUCUCUUCCCGUUUCGGUAUUUCUUCAGGAAGAGCAGUCAGUGA